GUGUUCUCACUGUCAGUGCGAGCCGAUGACCAACCUCCGAUGCCGAUGCACAAUGAACGGAAAGCAAGAGCCUUGCUGUUGAUCAUUGAUGAUUUGCCACAUAUCAGUGCCUACUAGUGCACAUCAAUGCCACAUAUCAGUGCCCAUCUGAGCUGCCUUUCAGUGUCACUCAUCAGUGCCAGUCAGUGCCACCUAUCAAUGCCAAUCAGUGCCACCUAUCAGUGCUGCCAAUCAGUGCCACCUAUCAGUGCCAGUCAGUGCUGCCUAUCAGUG